UCAAUACGUAAUAGAAGAAAUGACACAGAAUUACAAUUAUUUAAGCUAAAUACACAAAUGAACAUUUUAUUUUGUGUUUAUCUGACUCGAUUGCAGAGCGUGGCGACUUUUAUAAUUACAACUGUGACCAAUAAAAGUCGUAUCCCUGCCACCGGAGUUUCUCGACUUGUGUAUACGACUGUGUCCUACGAUAAUACAUACUCAAAUUCUUCUUGUUAAAAGCCAAUUUUGUGUAGAGAGAACAUUUGUUAUAAUGUUGUUGUGAAAAAUUUGAAAAGAGAUCGAUUCCAAUAUAUCUUCAAUACGAUCGAUGUGAACAGUCUUUGUUUCUUCCGUUUACGCGAUUCGGCGAGUAAUUAUCAAGGAAUUAAGUGUGGAUCUUCAUGAGCACAUAAUAUCUAUAAGCGAACUGGGUCAAUGAAUCGUAUCGUGUGAUAUUUCCCGUUUAACUUUUUCUUCGUACCGUACGAAGAAUUCCUCGUUCGUCGUUUCAGUGUUCUUACUCGCGCGUAACGAAACGUGCGAGAAAGUUUCACGCGACGGUGUGAAACAAAGAAACAUUUCGAGCAGCUGUUAGUCGUAGAUAGGGAUCCUUUAAGGAUCCCUAAUCCCCAGUUGCAGGUCGCAAGUAGUCGAAGUUUCGAAGUGGUCGAAGUUGGACAAUGCGAGUAACCGUCAGUGCCAUAUUUUGGCAAAACGAGUAAAGCGUGGAGCAGUGAGUCCCGAUCAGUCCCGAUCAAGCGUGAAUCUCGUUUGCUUCGAGCAGCUGGCUUGUUCGAAUUCGCGAAACAGUGAUCCAUCGAAUCUGUACAAAAUGAAAUCAGUCACUUCGGUUCCCGAGACGAAUUUCCAAAAUCUCGGGCGUGACAUGGCAGAGCGGCUAGGUUUGGGACCGGAAAUUCGUGAACUAAAACUGGGACCAACUUUCACGAACAAUAAAUCGACGGCCUUCCACACUCUGAAAUAUGAUUUCAAACCAGCUAGUGUGGAUGUUUCCAAAGUAGCAAAAGUUGACGUUGGAACCAACAACAUGAUGACAGUUACUGUUCCACAUUUAGACGGUGCUGGAAUUCCCCACACAGUCUUCAAGGGGAACCAGAGACCCUAUCAGAAAGAGUGUGUUCUCAUAAUUGAUAGAGUCACGGGAGAAAUUACUUUGGAGAAGCUAACGGCUAAUAUCCAAGUAAAGAAGACCAGAGCAGAAACCAAGUCUCAAUUGCACUUAGGAGUGUCUGGAACAAAUAACAGUAACAGGCCUAUAACGCCUGUAGAAACAAAGAAGAGCCCUACUCAUGGCAGGUCGACUAGCAGAACGAAAGUUACAAGUGGAAGAAAGAGAGAACCCAGCGUACAACUGCAUCCAAAACAGUUCAGUCCACUUAGAGUAUCUCCUUAUCACAACAAGAGCCCACCUACUGCUCCUACCAAUAGUUCACCAGUGCAACCAUCAGUGGGAGGAACGACUUUGGCUAGUUUGCCGAUGAUCGGUUCCGACAAUGAUGAUUCCCCUUUGACAUUGACUGGAUCAUUCCCGACUGUCAAUUCCGCACCACCAAAGCCGAUACCUGUAACUAAUACUCUGCCUAAUGUGAAACUGAAUGUGGCCGGUGACAGUGACAUGAGUGCUCUGAGCGAUUCCACUUCAAGCAGUUCAGGCUCUGAUGAUAGUUCGGAUAGUGAUUCGGAUACUAAAACUGAUCCAGUUGUUAGCAAAACCAAUGGACAUAUGAAUAGCACAGCUUCGUCUCCAGCAGUUCUGCCAGAGAAUCUUUUGAAUGAUGAUUUGCAAUUAUCAGAGUCAGAAUCGGAUAGCGAUUAAUGAUAAUGCAUACCUGUAUUGCUUACAAUCCGACAGCAUCAGGAACAGUGUUUUUCGCGAGAUCUUUCUGAAAAAUCGUUUCUGUUAGAUUUUGUCCUGCAAUUGAUUUACUGUGUAUAAUAUUCAGUUAUAUGUCAGACAUCGAGCAAUCUGUAUAGCGAAUUCGAAGCUAUGCUCCAUAUAUUCCAUAUGUAUUGCUAUAUACGUAUACAGAAACGUUUUGCUUCUUGUCCAUUAAAUGUAUUAAAAAAUAAUGAAUAAUGAAUAUGAAUGAUAAUGUA